AUGUCAAAACCAACACUAGUUUUCGCAAGAGAAGCAGAAGCAAUUGUGUGGGCCACUUAUUCCAUCUUGGAUUACAAAGAUUUGGCAGUGGACUUACUUGGACCAAAUAUACGAGAAAAGUUGGGCGUACUCCAAGUCUCCAACCACAACCACGUCAAGCAAGUAAAACGGCAAAUACAAACCGCUAAAUUACCGGAUUGGCUUCGACCGUUUGUAUAA